CUAAAGCUUUGAUGACACUAUUACUGAAAAUUUCAUAUUCACCCCGCUGUAACACAAUAAUGCGCUUUUGUACCAGCGCACCCUUCUCUACCAUCGAGGGCUUCCUGUUCCUCCUUCCACUGCGUCCAGCGAAGGCCAGAGCCCGAGCCCGAGCCAAAGGCAUGGAGACGAGACGCUUAUCCUCUGCUUCUCUAUCCCUUCUUUCUCCAGAUUCCCACGGGGUGAGUGGCAGAGGAGCUUCAAUUAGCCCCGAGGAAUGGCAGGGUUGGGGAAGCACCUCCCCCGUACCUGCAAUGGUGGUUGAGGUGAUUGAAGACUUGAAGCUUCUGGAGAGACAUGUUGAUGCUCGCAUGGACUUUGGAGGAAACCAUGGAAAACUCCAGGGAGAGUUCAAGGUGCAUGAAGAUAAGAAGCAUAGAGCAAAAUACAAGUCGUUAGGUGAUUCUGAAAGUAAGCUACAGUUCUUUUCAGCAAGACAAAUUGCAUGCCGUUUACUUGGAAGUAGAGAUUACCUUUGUCAGAAGUGUUGGCUCGCGAAGGAAGAUUGUAUGUGUUCAAGAGUCAUACCAUAUAAUUCUUGGCACCGUAUCCGGUUUUGGUUGUAUAUGCAUCCCAAGGAUUUCUUGCGCCAAAAUAACACAGGAAAGCUGUUAUGGCAAGUUUUUGGUGUUCAUGCUGCUAAUUUGAUCUUAUUUGGCAUUUCUGAAAAUGAGGACAUGCUAUGGAAUGCGUUAAAACUUUCAGGGAAGGACAAGGUUUGGUGUCUUUAUCCUAAUAAGAAUGCUCCUUCAAAAUCUGUCAAGGACAGCUUUUACCAUACUUCUUUGGCAGAUCCAAUGGUAGAUUGCCAACCAGAAAAUGCAAAUAGCUAUGAUGUCUUCAACUUUAUUCUACUUGAUGGCACCUGGAGCAAUUCUACUGCAAUGUUCAGCCGUUUAAAGGAGCGAGCCAAGUCACUUUGGGGUGAGGAGCUCCCUUGCAUCUCGCUAAAUACAGGCCUAUCCUUGAUGCAUAGAUUGAGACCCCAACCGUCGUGGGACCGGACGUGUACCGCAGCUGCAGCAAGUGGCCUCCUGCAGGAGCUUCAUCUUCUCCCUGCAUUCGACUCCUAUGAGUUAGAUAAGCACGCCGAUGCAAUUGAAGAUGCUUUGGAGGUCCUCUUAGAUGUACUAACCAAACGCCGCCUUCGCAUGGGAAGGCCCAUCGCUCGUGAAGGCAGGCACUGUAGCAACAUCAUUCCACAGGCGCCGGAUGAUUCAUGCUGACUGACUUUGCCCGGAUCACAGCAGGCAACCACAAUUUGUUAACAAAACCAAGGGAGAUCUUGCGUGUCGCCGUCUGUGCUACUCGGCUCAACACGACACGCACGUACGCGCGCACGCGAAGGGUGAGGAGUCACCUGCGUCUCAGAAUGUCCACUGGUCCACUUGAAGAGCCAACUUCCUUCCUAUAAAAGGGGGGCUUGGCUGCAGGGAAGAAAAGAAGUGAAAACACUCAAAUUCUUUGUGUUCCAGCAGAUCAUUUUCUCUAGAAUUACUCUCUCGUCGUCUAUACCUUGCACGUUGGCGAUUGUAUCCUGAGAAGAGAUCGUCCACGUUAGCCGGUGCGGGAGGCGGGCGAGUAACCUGAAGGAAAGCUCCGGCGACUCCGACGAUUUCCUUCCUUCUCCGUUCGUUUUUCCGACCACCGGCGAUUUAUUGUACUUAUUUUUUUCAUUUUCGUUGUAAAAUCCGAACGUGUUAUAAGUUCGAAUUAUUAUUAUUUUUCUUUUCUGCUGUAAUAUUUAUCUUACAAUGCAAGUGCACCAGGUCAUUUUAUGAUAUUAAACACCAAUGUCACAU